GAUAAAGAGAGAGAGAGGUGGAGAGAGAGAGAGAGAGAGAAAGAGACGCGAGCAGUUUCGGUAACGGAUGAGGCUACCCUGAAGCGCGAUCGCGAGAGAGACAGGAGAGCGGAGAGGGACGACCAGAGUCUCCUUAGGGAGAUCGUUUCGUGUGUUUGAAGCGAAUUCGCUCGCGAGAGGCAACACAGUGCCAGAGAGAGUGUGCUUGUUCGGGGUGACCGAGGUGUCGACCUCUCACCCCCGAUCAAACCAGCAAGCAGGUCGGAUGAUGUGGGCGUCUCUGCUUUUGGCCGGGAUCUUAAGCGGCUGGUGGGGCGCACUGGCGCUCGCUGCGGCACCCCCCGCCAAUCGGAACUCCCUCGAGGAGACGUCGACGAGGACCACCAGCGACUAUCCGCCAUCGAUGAACAUCGCCGACGUUGAAAAGCCCCGCAAUUAUCGUUCGCCGUCUUGGAACUUGGUUACGCGCGCCAUCGACGGACAGGACGAGUCCGAACCGGCCGAUCUCGACGUCGCGAGAUCACCGCUAGAUUACGAGUCACCGGCCAGCCACGUUGCCCCCUCGUCGUCGUCGAGCUUCGACGAGCCACGACGACGUCUCGAUCCGGAGGACGAACGAGCUGCGUCCUCCGGGAGCAACGAGAACGAUGACCGGCUCGUCGAGUCCUCCUCGUGGACGCAUCCGCGCGACCAGAUGUCUCGGACCGUCCCGAAAUCCUCGGCCGACCGUCAAGCUUCUUCCGCGAUCGGUUCGGAGCAGCGUAGCGACUCGCUGUCGUCGCUCGAUGAAACGUCCGCGCAGAGAACGGAGGAACUGCUGCUCGACGACUCCAUACGGGACGCGUUCGUCUCGUCGUCGAUGCGGGCGAACCGUCGCCUCGAGGACGAGGCGGUCGGUCAUCCGAAAACGAUAGAGUCCGGCCUAACGCGGCUGCCUCGUCACUCGUCCACGCAACCGCCGUUCCUGUACGCGCAGGGGAACGACGAGUCGUCGAUGGAGAGGCCCCGCGUGAUCCGAUCGACCAAGCAACGACCAAAGAACCGCACCAAGGCGGACUCGCCCAGGGAGCAACGGCGACGAUGCCGGAACAAGGGUUGUCGCGGGCAGAACUGGUGUCCCGACCUGGACGUCGGCAACCGGGCGUACCUGGCGCCGACGGUGUUCGAGGGGAAGGCCAGGAGCAUGUCCUCGGCGAGGAAGCCCGGCUCGAACUACGCGGUGACGUUCGAGGUGAAGCAAGUAUACAAGAGCCAGCCGGGAUUCCAGCCGCUGCAGAAAAACGACAGCGUCAGGCUGCACUUUCGUGACAAAUCGGCGCCCGGCAAAUCGACGGUCUGCGGCUACGACACCGACGGGAAGCAACAGCAGCAGCAGCAGCAGCAGCAGCAGCGCGAUAAUCAGAGUGGUGUGGUGCGAGCCAAUAUUAAGAGGGGUAAAGUGUAUCUAGUGUUUGUGAAUCGCGUGGGACCCAGAAACUUUACGAUUCUCGGUGAGCCGGUGAUUCGAAGCAAGAAGAACGAACAGGCGGUUCAGGCUGUCGUUCGACCGGAUUACGUGAGGGAAGUAACGUUGUCCGAGCUCAGGGACUCGAUAGCCAGGUUACGGGAAAGAGUGAAGCUGGUGUGUCGAACGAAGGGAUCCCCGCCCCCGAGGGUGCACUGGCUGAAGGACGGCAUACCGCUGCACCCGCGAAGAGGCCUCAAGAUUCAGCACAAACGGCGGAGAUCGAAAGUGGUGAUAUCCUCCGCGAAGCUAGAGGACAGUGGUAGAUACGAGUGCGUGGCGGAGAGUACUUCCGGACACAGGGCCUCGCUCGCGGCCCAGCUUCUAGUCGCUCACGAUACGAGAAUUCCGGAAACGACGACGGCGGCGUGGCCGAGGCAGGAGCAGCCGUGCCCGAUCGCGGGCGACUUUUGCAUGAACGGCGGUACCUGCCUGUUUUUCGAGACCGUCGGUGAACCAGCAUGCAGAUGCGCGGAAGGCUUCACGGGUCAGCGGUGCGAGACGAAGGACGUCAUCAGCACCGGAAGUGUGUACAACAGGCAAAGGGCGCCGUUUUCCUGCAAGCUGGGACUAUCGACCUCGUACUACUGCUAGCGAUAAUCGCGCGGGGCCCUUCCAUUCCGAGUAGAGCUCGUUUUUUCGCAACGAACCGAACGAGACUUCUCUCGGGGUGUGCGCUCGAUUAAGAGUUCGGUCGAGGAGACAGCCUCUCGAUCAGCCCACGAGAAGAAUGUCGUGAGAGGGCCAACGCGCGCGACCAACAAACGAACGAGGAGCCGAAUCAGAAUAUCCGUCGAUCGUGUCGGGAUCGAAGCCGCGUUACGCGCGCUCCGCGCGGACGGGGGGAACGCGGAGGGAGAUCGCGGAGCGAACCGCAGCGAUUUUUCGAACAGAGAGAAACAAGGGAGGAACACGCGUUUUUUUAGAGCCGCUGUUAGGGGGACCGAACGGGGCAGCGAACGCGUUUUGCGCAGACUUUCGGAGAACCCGUUGUGUUGCGUCGGGCAUUAGAAACGGAAGUCCUCCGUGUAGGAGAUCUGGUUCCGAAACAGUUUUUGCUAACGGGUAUUCGUACCUUUCUUUCCUUUUCGUCUUUGUCGUCUGUUCGUCCUUGAUUUCUUCUUCUUCUUCUUCUGUUCCUUCUAAUUCUUCUUUUUCUUCUUCUUCUUCUUCUUCUUCUUCUUCUUCUUCUACGUUGUCGACAGCAACACCCUGUUAACUUCUCUUUUAGAAAAUGUCGCGUUACGACACACCUGCCUCGCGUCUCCAUAGAAAUUUUAUUCGCGAGACAUCGAACUAGAAACCGUUCGUGCGUGUACACGUCUGCCUCUGAUGUCGCUGCUACUGCCUGCCUGUCUGUACGUGAAUGCAUGUGUAUACGCGAGUACGUCUGUAUGCGUGAAUAGAGAGACCAAGGAGAGAAAGAGAAACAGAGAGAGAGAGAGAGAGAUAUAUAUAAAGCAGUCGCGAGCGCUCGAGAGCGUUGCAAGAAAAAGAGUUACGGCGGAUUCUUGCCACUUCCGAUCCCCUUCAGUUUCAUAUCGGGGAAGGCAGGGAGAGAGAAGAGCGUUCGAGUGACGCUCGUGAUUCAGAAGUGGUGCUUGACCUCGAAAGAUCGCGCGAUCCGUCAGUGAAUAAAAAGGAAAAUGGAAAAAAAAUGAAGAUGCGAGAGAGACACAGAGAGAGAGAGAGAGAUAGAGAGAAGAGAGUAUGUGUGCGAGAGAAAGCCAGACAAAGAGUGAGAGAGGAACGGAGAGAAUGAAGAGCAGGCAGAAGGGCGUUCGAAGGUCGCGCACUUUUCGGAGUCUCCGCCAGGGAGAACAAUACCAAAGAGCCCAGGGUCUCUCGAUAAAGGACGCCGUGAGAGUGGUCGAAAACGCUCGGUGGUAUCGUUUAGGGUUAGGCCGAUACCGUACGCCUACGCUGGAUCAUCUCGGGAACCGGGAAAAUGGAUCGAGUGGCCGCGGGAAAGCGUUUCCCGUGUACCCAUUUCCAUCGACGGGGCGAAAGGCGGCGAGAGGACGGCCCUCCCGUCUGUCGGCCGCCCGAACAGCGUGCACGGGAAUUCGGGAAUAAUCCCGACAGGUGUGGGAGAUACCGGUCGACGCGGGAACGUCGCGAAAAUCUGCCGAAAACCGUGCAUCUCGAUAACGCCGCGUCGUCUCCCACCGGUGGGCUUUCGCGAACGAGAACAGGGACGCGUCCCCGUCCUCCGCCUCCGCCUCCGCGUCUUCCGUCUCCUCCUGACGCCUCCUUCCCGUCGUCGCGGUUGUUGUUUUGCGAGGAGCUCUGAAUCUUUUGUCGCUCGUCGUCGGGAAAUCUGGGCCACACCGUUGGAGCGUAAAGUUGCGCGCGCGCGAGUCGCGAACAAGAAAGGGAACGUCCGUCGCGCGAAAACCGGGCCUAACGACGCCGGGAAGAGAUACUCGACGCCGUCGCACACACACGAGUGUAACACGGAUCGGUGUGCCAGCCGGCGACGAUGAUAUUACGGCGCGAGGCGUGUCCGGCCUUCCGAAAAUUGCUUCGUAUUUUUACGCGGAGACAAUUCGAGCGCGCGGAUCAAUCGCGUCGCCGGAAUAAAUACCGCGAUUCGUGCGCGUCUCCUCGACGACGUCCCGGUUCUCGUCUUCGUCGUCGUCGUCGGCCUCCGAAGAUUCUACGGCGCGCUUCGAUCCUCCUCGCGAGGUGACCCCGCGUUCUCCGGAAUGCUUCCAGCGACGAUCGAUCGGGGAACGACUCGCAUGUACUUGGGCGAACGCGGAAAGAUCGGAGGACGCGAACCGAGGGAAUCGGACACUCGAGCGGCGGAGCGGUUCGCUCGGCAGCGGGAACGCGCGAGCGGCGAACCGCUGCGAGAAGAGACCACUAGGCAACAAAACGAUUUUAUGUAUAAUACUGAUAAUGUAAUACGCGUUUAGGCUAGCUGAAAAAACAGAGACUUAAGAUAGUUGAAGAGUAACGAGGGAGGGCAGUGGAGAGAGACAGAGAGCGAGAGAGAUGGAGAGAGAAAGAGAGGGAGAAUGAGCGAGAGAAAGAAUGAGCUGAGAGAGACAGAGAGAGAGGGAGAGAGAGAGAGAGCGCGAGCGCGAAAGAAAGAAAGAGUGAGAGGGAGAGAAAGAGCGAACAAAAAUACCGCGACGAUUAGGAAAUGGCACGUCGGUCGAGAACUUUCCGAACGAGACGAUCGGACGCAUUUAGAAACACGAACCGCGAAAAUUUAUCCGAUUCUCCCGGGGACACAGAUCCUUCCACGGAUUAUUUCGGGCAAUUCCUGUCCCCGGGCCUCGUGCAAACUUUAUUCCGUCAAAUUGGAGGUUCGUCGUGUGUCGUUUUUCUACAAUCGCGACGGCGAAAUCGUUCUCCUUCGGAAUUCUCGACGUUCGUCGCGGGGCCGCCCGCCCGGUGAACGAACCGAAUCGGACGAGAAAAAACGUACCGGAAGGGAUUGGGCAUGUGGGAUGCGCGCUGUGCUCCGGCAGUCUCGAGACCCUAUUUAUGUUUUAUAUUAUAUUAUAUAUGUAUAUAUAUAAUAUAUAAAUGUACACAUAUGUAUAUAUAUAUAUUAUAUAUAUAAAUAUGUGUAUAAACAUUUUU